AUGGAUCACGAGGAUAAACGCAACGGAGGGCCUACAACCGAUUUCCGUACGCCAAUCCUUGCUAUUAGACAUGCCAUCUGUUUCACGUGCCUACAAUCUUUUCCCAAUUUGAAGAAAUGUGUCGCGUGCAAAAGGGUCUCCUACUGCUCUCCAAAAUGCCAAAAGAUAGACUGGCAGAGAGAUCACAAGAAGACAUGCAAAAUCCUCGCUGAAUCGAACAAGCGGAGAGCAGAGACUCGUCGCACUUCUAGAUUCUGGGAGCAGUACCGUGCUGAAAAGUGGCAGGACAUUGCUGCGUUUAGAGCCCAGAAUCCCAAUUAUACGGAAAGUCAGCAGCGGCUUUUGUCAUAUGAACCGUACUGCCGCCAUUGCUAUAGAAGCGCACCCCAACUGGAAUCAAAGAACCAACUCCGGCCAUGCCAAACUUGUCAUAUUGCGGCAUUCUGUGCCGACUGUCCACAAGAACACCCCACCUCAGAGUGCAAAACCUUCCAGACAAUUAGACAAGACGAGACCUUCGCCAUCCAACAUUAUCAAAGGACGCAGAAAGACUUCGAGGUUAUUUGCACCGAGCGGCCUAGGGAGACAUAUCUGCCACUUUCAACGGCCAUCGGCUGGCACGACUACUUUACCAGAAUAUCUGAUAAAGGAGAAUUUCUCUCAGAGGUGACAUCCGAAAUGCAGCCAUCGACGGAUGAUCCAAUGGCAGUAAAGCUUGCGGGUUUAAUGAGACUCGCAUCUGGCACCUCAUCAAUGGCCCUUACUAUACUGGCGGCUUUAGAAGCAGUGUUUCCUGAUAUCAGCACGCGGACGACAAUGAAGCUCCAUUUCAUCGGUGCGGCCAGCCCGGAGCUUAAUGGUCUUAUGGUUUUUGAAGAAUUGCUGCACCUGCUACCCUCACUGAAAGACCUGGAGCUCACGCUCGUCGGUUUUGAAUUGCCUGAGCUAACGGAAGACACUGCCAUGCAACUUGAAUGUUGUCCGGAUUGCACUGCUGCUUCCCGAACAAGAAUACUAAGGCUCUGGAAAGGUGGCUAUCAUGAUUAUGUCAAGGAAGAUGGGUAUCAAAAGCCAGACCUCGCUGUUGCUUUUCAUACUGGCUUCUCGCAAGAGAUGGGAGAGGCGUGGCUGCCCACCGUUCAGUACUUAGCAGCUGCCCAACAUCCCACACUGUUUACAACUUACAACGAGAAGGAGAUGGAAGAGGAGAUGGCAAUUCUCGACAGAUUUGGGGCAAACUUCCUGCAGCGCGGAGAGAUCAAUAAGUGGAAAGGCGUUUGUCCUAUGCUUGAGGUCAUGGAGGAAAAGGAAGGCACGUUUUAUUUCAUGCACCAAUAUAGGUAUUUGGUGGCAGCAAAGACACCUGAUCAAUAG